AUGGCGCUGCGAUCGAUGAACGUCAAGCUCAUGGUUAACGCUGCACUUAGGCCUUUCUCGGCUGCCUCGCCAUCAGAGAAGUUCAACCAGGCCGUGAAGGAUCUGAACAACGUUCCCGAGGAACCUUCCAACGACGUCAAACUUCAACUGUACGCUCUCUUCAAGCAGGCUACGGUUGGCAAGUGCAACGUCGCCAAGCCGGGCACCUUUGAUGUCGUCGGCAAAGCCAAGUGGGACGCCUGGAACAAGCUUGGAGACACGUCGCAGGACGACGCGCAGAUUGAAUAUGCGGCGAUCGUGACAAAGCUUGCCGGAAAGAAGGCAUCCGGUUCUGCACAGUACCAGGAGGCGGCGGCAGCGGCGUCAUCUGGCGUGGAAGGCCUCGUGACGACGGUUCAAGAUGGCGCCUUUAUUAUCCGCUUCAACAGGCCGAGCAAGAGGAACUCAAUUACUUUCGAGAUGUUCGGGGAGGUGAUCAAGCUGCUGAAGGACGCCGGGCAGAGGGACGACGUCAAGUUCCUUGUGCUCACCGGAACGGGCGAGGUGUUCUCGAGCGGACUCUUCCUCGGGCACUUCCCCAAGCAGAUGCAGAUGGGACCUUUCAAGGAAGCCGUGGAGCUCUUGAGGCGGUACGUGGCGGAAUUCAUAAACUUUCCCAAGCCGGCCAUCGCGCUGAUCAACGGACCGUCCAUCGGCGUAUCCUGUACCAUUCUCGGGCUCUUCGACCUCGUCUACGCGUCCGACAAGGCGUACUUCCAGACCCCGUUCACCCGAUUGGGGAUGUUACCCGAGGGAUGUUCGUCCUACACGUUCCCGCGGAUCAUGGGAGUUGCCAGGGCGUGCGAAGUCCUGAUGAUGAACACGCGGCUGAGCGCCAAGGAGGCCCAAUUGUGCGGCUUUGUGUCAGAGUGCUUCCCGGAUGCCAGCUUCCAGGAGGAGACGCAGAAGAAGAUCCAGGAGUUGGCCCAGCUUCCACCCAAGUCCCUGAUGCACUCCAAGACACUGGUCCGGGCAUCCGUGUUGGAAGAUCUUCACAAGGCAAACAACCUAGAGUGCGAACAACUCAUCAAACUUUACGCUUUGGAGGAGACGAGGGAUGCUGUGAUGGCCUAUCUUCGAGGCGAGGUCAAGCUCUGAGGGGCAAGGUACAUGACCACGCCGAUGCCUUAUUAAAGACUAUCAUGAAGUGAUAUUUGGGCUAUGAUAAA